AUGAAAGAUUUAUUAGAAAAAUAUAAUAAACAACGAGCAGCUGCCACAAUAGCACUCAACCAAAUACCGAGAGCGAAAAUCGAUGUGAAAUAUAGUGAUGAAUUUAGCUUACCCUUUUCUUCAAGAGUAUAUAAUAAACAGUACUGUAAAAUGUAUCAAGAUAGACUUAAUAUUCUGAGGGGAAAAACUUUAAAUAAUUGCAAUAAGAAAUGGGCCUCAAAAUAUAGACAAGUUAACAAAGUUUUGGACAUUUCGUUUGGUGAAAUCUGUUGGUGUAUUGGCUCUGUAUAUUGCGAAAUGAAAUUCAAACCUAAUAUUUUGGAAGAUGUGAUUAAUGACACUUAUGGUGCACCAGCUUUAGUCACAAAGUAUUCGGAUUCAGAAACCGAUGAAAUUAUGUUAGAAGAUGAAAGCGGUAGAGUCUUGUUAAGUGGCGAUCUGAUUAGCAAUGAAAAAAAUAAUGAGUUAUUCAUCACUGGUGUAGUUAUCGGAGUAUUGGGACAAGAAACUGUGGAUGGGUCCUUUGAAGUUUUAGAGAUAUGUUAUCCAGAACCUUUAAAUGUUCCGAAAUCAAUAUCUAUGGGUAACAAUAAUGGUAGAGGUACUAAAGUUGCCAUUGUUAGCGGAUUAAACAUAGAUAGUGAAAAUUUUGACUUUAAAAGGUUAAAUCAAUUACAAGAGUAUUUGAUUGGUGACUUGAUCACUAAUUCUGAAAUCGGCCGGCUAAUAAUUGCAGGUAAUUCGAUCUCUAAAGCAAAGUCGCCUGAAGACUUUAAUAAUGAUAUUUCAAAUAAAUUAACAAUUUUCGAAAAGUUUUUAACUAAUGUUUGUAAAUCAAUACCCAUUGAUCUGAUGCCUGGUUUCAAUGAUCCAAGCGACAAGAGUUGGCCACAACAGCCAAUUAAUAAAGCGAUUUUCAGUAAUAGCUCUGAAGUGUAUUUUAAUAGUGAAAUGAUUGUAAACGUGACAAACCCAUGUUUAUUGUAUUACAACGGGGUUAAAUUUUUGGGUACCAGCGGUGAAAAUGUUAAUGAUAUUUUCAAAUAUCAUAUAAAAAAAAAUAUAGAGCGAAUAAAUGUGCUUGAAGCAACAUUGAAAUGGCAAGAUAUCGCUCCAACUGCACCAGACACUUUAUGGUCUUACCCUUACGAAGAUAAUAAUCCAUUUUUGUUUAAAUCUGAAUGGCCAAAGGUUUAUUUUGUGGGGAACCAGCCGAGAUUUAUGUUCAGCAAAAUUAAUCUAAGCAGUGACCCAAAUAAUAAAGAUAAUGAAAUUACCUGUAUCUGUGUUCCUGAAUUUAGUUCUACAGGAGAAAUAGUUAUUUUAGAUUUAGAUACUAAAGACGUUGAAACAGUUAACUUUGAUUGA